GUCACUAUGUAGGAACGCGAGUGGACGAAUUAAUAUCGUUGUUAUAAGCAAAAGGCUUAUUAGUGUUAAUUACUAAUUGCAAUAUUGGACAAUAUUUACGUAAACAGUUAGUUUCGUUGACAAAUUAAUAGUGUUAUAUCGUUUGUGUUUGAAUCGGAAUCGUUUUUCUAAAUGGACAAAGAAUUUUCGAGAAACUGUGACGACGUGAUAACAGUGGUUUUGCACAGCACAUUUCUCCGCUAUUUUUUGAAUAGAAAGGACGGGGAGGUUAAUAAAGUCACCCUGUAACUUUAGAAGGGGUUGCAGAAAUGAUCAACAGUUUUCAUGCGAUGUGUCUAGAUACAACGAGAAUGAGAAAGAAAUGCAAAUUGAAAUAAUUCCUGUAAAAAAAGAAAACUACUUCGGUGUCCAUGUCCGAUCUAACACGAGCAAUAGAAAUUAAUAUUACAAUUGACUGUUAUUAUUAAUUCGGCGCCAUGUUAACGGGUAGUAUCGAGUGCUAUUAAUUGAUUGAAUUAUGGCGUUAGUUUUCGUAGAUUAGUAAAGAAAACUUAUCCUGUAUAGUGUUGUGUAAUCAUAAACGUGAAUUUAAACAGUGAUUGGAAGGGAAGUUGUACUUAGGAUUAGGAUUACGAAAAGGCAUGGACUGUAAUCAAGUCAUCCACGUCAUCCCAUCCCAUCAACCACCUUCGGGCAAUCAACAGACGAUUUCAUUGGUAAAAGAAAUUCUCCUGGGGCGAUCAACGAACGUUCGCGACCAUAAUAAAUCAAGAAAAUUAUGUCGUUAAUCUCGGCAAUCUUCAGGUGUCAACACGAUGACCACGGCCACGUAGUGGUAGUAGACAAGCGUCAUUUCCUGAUGUUAGCGAGAAAGUGUAGCCUGUACUACAGACCCUGCGGAACAAUUUGCGAUCAAUGCCAAAUCAGAUUAACAAUGUGAGGAUCUUUAAGAAGAUAAAAGGAAGAAGGAAGAAGUCCGAGAGUCCAGUCCUGUGCCCGAGAGACCAAUCCAACCCCAACUACCUCUGGAGAUGGAGGAAGAAACUUAGAAGAAAAGAAAAAGACCCUGGACAACAAUUCCCGGCCCAGACCAUCUCAGUCAAGUCCGAUCCAAUCCACUCCAAUCCCACGAGGUCCAACCCUAGCUACUUUUGGAGGAGGACAAAGGAGAAGGAACGACACGAUCGCAGCCAUGGAAAGGGACUCCGUCCAGGAUCGUCGCGGGAGUCGGGAGUGAUGGGGUGCGGAAGGGACGCGAUGUGGGAAUCGCGAAGUGGGGAAAUGGCGGCAUGGGGAGGUCGCGGGGUGCAUCCGUAGCGGAGUGUUGGGACCGUGAAGUGUAGAAGUGGCGAUAUUUCUACCCUUCAUGAUCUCCACACCCCGUUAUGUAUGUACCGCACUACCUUCACAUUCCACUGUUUCUACCACUUCGCAAUUUCUUCAUCCCGUAACUUCCGCACCUCUCGGGUCGUGUCGCGAGUGCGUCGAGGGGUACGGGGACCUCGCGGGGGACGGAAGUGGCGGGGAUCGGGAGUGACGAGGUGAGGAAGUGAA